CUCUUUCCUCAACUCCAUCAGAAACUCCGUCGCACCUCCCCGAUGGGGAUUUUGCAGUUUCCUACCGCAUCGCCUGCGCCUUCCUCCCCUCUCCCCCUUACCUCGUGCGAUUCUUUGACGAGCCCGCUUACGUGAAUUCUGUCUUUUUUCUCUCUUUCUCUUGCCGCCUAGUAGAUACUGCGUCUUCUUUCUUUCCACAAAACAAACCGACGCGCCUCGCCUUGCGACGAACCUCGUCAACCUAUCAACCUUCUGUACUUCAACUUCACAUCACGACCCAGUCCUCGCAUCGCGACAGCAGCAACGAGCCAAUUCAACCACGCGCCUUCUCAACGAUUUCGGGUCGCGCAGCUCCAGAAGCACUGUAAAAUCCCCGGCGUCGUCUUUUUCGUCCCGUCCGACCUUUCAUUCCCGCCUGUUUUCCUUUGCGCCUUGGACUUUCUCUGAAUACCCCGGGCUCGACUUUCGAGCCUCGCACUUUCCCAGCUAACAACCAUGGCGUCAGAGCAGCUGAAGCACCAGGGCCGACCUCCUCCCCGACAAAAGAGCAAGACCGGCUAUCUCAGUUCUUUUGAGGAGCUCAUUGCGAGCCGCAAACCACGACCCAACUCCCCCGCGCCCGCGAAACCGACGACAUUCGGAUACAGCUGGGAACCCCACCCGACCAGUCCCAGCCUUCUCGUCAACCCAGGUCUCGACCGACGCGACCCCCUCGCCGGAAUUGUUGCACCUCUUCAAUUGACUACCUACCUCAGUCGUCACUACCAUUUGCAGUUUGGUCAACAACGGGCCGGGCGGAAAUCCAAACCCAGCCCCAACCCCAACCCGCGACCUAUCUCGAAUCAGGAGCAACUUCGAAUCGAUCGCCACAAUCACCAGCUUAGACGAAAGCCCCGCCCUACUUCAGGACGAAUUGAGGAUACCGCUCGCGCAUUUCACGAGCGGCCGAGUAGACUGAUAUUCAAACCCCAUCUAGAUAGGGUAAGACCAGCCCCCCAGCUGCCGAAGACCGAUUACAGCCUUGUUCGCCGUCUUCCCGGGAACAAGUCAUCGUUCGAAGACCCUUCCGUUGGCAAGCCUUCGACCACGAACAGCAUCGGCGUCUGUGUGCCUCCUUUCCCAAGAUCUCAGCAAGCCGAAUACCUCAGACGCGCGACUACCUCGAACCUACCCGCUACGAAGGCCGCUUGUGUCGGCAAGACCCUAGGACACCUGCCUGCUCUGGGCACCUUGCUCCCCUCGUCUAGCAAUACCAAGGCGAGAGGAAUACGUGGGCUGAAGAGAUUUACACCUCAGCGGCACGCGAGAAAGGACUUGUUUGGCCCGACCGGCCCAAUCAGUGUUGAGGAGGUGGCAAAUACCACACCUCGUGUCGGAAACACUUUCCUCAGCUCUACCGAUCCCUUCACCAAUCCUCAUACUCUGCGGGCGCCGCCCGGAGCCUUUCCGAUCUCUCCUGAGCAGCCCAAGCGGCCGAUCCUUGUCCGAGUUGCGGAUAGCUCGAGAACGCGGGAUUGUAUUCUUGGAGGAGCGCAUUGCGAGAUCACCACUUUCCAGUCUGCGGGACACAAGUCACUGUCCUCUGAUCAAGGCUCCCUUCGCUCCAGCCCGUUAGGUUUCGCCCAAAGCUUACCUAUUUCCAACCCAUCCCGCAAGCGGCGGGCCGAAGACUCGGAGCUGGACCUCAUCGUAGCGAAUGCGGCCGAUCAGAGUCAGCCUGAGCAGGAGCCACUCAGCUACACCUCGAGUCCUGCAAGUGUGGCUUCAGACGAAGGAAUUAGACGUCAGGGCCGUGCGACUUGGCUCAUCAAUAUCAUGACCUCAGUCCGAGGCGCUGUUACAAAGGUCUCCAGUAGCAUUGCUGGCUAUGUGUACCCUCGCAACUACGACGUUGUUGAGCGCCACUCGCGCGAUCCUCAAACCGGCAAUGUUACCACGAAGCGCAUGAGAUUGGAGCUUUUCGACGACUCUGUUAAUGAAAGCAUGACUGCACGACAGUCUCAAUCUGUCCAUUCGGGGACAUCCAAAACCAAUCUUGUUUGGGUCGACGAAUCAACAAGAGUCGCCCAUUGGCAUCAAGUGGCUCCACUUGUUCGAACAUUUCGAACCAUCAGCCGCCGGCUUGAAAAGGGGCUAUCGGGCCCCAGAGACGGUUCUUCUGCCUCCCGAGUGAACGACGAUGCCCUCUCGCAGCGCAUAUACACCCUCGGUGCCUAUAUCGAUGUUUUUCAGCAGACAGCGUUCGUCCUCGAAAGCAUUUAUUCCCACACUUUCCUUGGGAGACUGAAGAGUACCUCUAAAUUUCCUCAGUCGACAAUGGACUACAACAUGAGCGCGGACGAGUUUCUUGCUAUUACGGCGGCAAAAGAAUUCGUGGACAACUUCCCCGACGAAUGCACUCCUGUUCUGACCGAGUCUGGUGUCCCGCCGCGGGUUCUCAAGGGCAUUGGCGCCGACCUGGACGCCCUCGUGAGCCGAAAGCCGAUGCCUAACCUUGUUCAGCGAGCCGGAUUAGUCGGCAAAGUCAUGAGUUUCUUCUGGGGGCGCGACAGCUUUGGCAUCGACGUAUCUGACGAUCCUGUCUCGAGGAUCGACGUUGAGAUGCCCGGAACCUUCCCCGACACGUUGGCGGGAAGCGAGUCAGUGGAGGAAGCCGCCGAACCGAGAGACGCACCCGAAUGCCGACCGGUCACGAAGACCGGCUACCUCCCUCCUGUCAGAACCACCGAUGCUUAUACCUUUGUUCGGGAGCAUCUGGCCGAGAUUGCGGCAAAGCGACGGACUGCUUACAAGGAGGUGCCCCCUGGUAUGACGCCAGAAGACCUGCUCCCUAGACUAAACCAGACGUCUAUCCUCAAGAAGGACAGUCCAUCUCCCGUUGUAUUGAAACGACUCCAGAAGGCGCGGGGUCUGAAGAGGGUGCAGUUUUCGCCAUCGACAAAGCCGUUGACGCCCUCGUCAACCAAAUCAGCCGGCUUGUUCAAGAAGCUCUUCCGUUCGCCCAUCAUGAUCGGCUCGCCGCUUCGGCGCGCCACCGAGAGCAGCUCCUUGAGCGAAUCACAGACCGAUGGCUCACCCGAUAAUUGCAGCUCCAAUGGACCAGAACAGCAUGUGUGUGCCGAGCCAGAGACCGACAACACGUCAGAGCAUAGCGAUGGAGAGGCUCUUGCGGCUAGAUGCAAGCCCCGUCUUAUACAGCAUCUGAACAAAUCUCUGAACGGCCUCGAAGCCAAGGGCUUUUUCGUAAAGAAUAACCCCCGUGAACCGUCACCUUGGCCCCCAAGCCCUCCAACCCUAGCAGGUUUGAACAUCUCUGACGACAAAGAAGAGGAGCUCGAGGACCUUUCCCUCCACCUACAGUUAUUGUUUGACGUCGACAAGGCACGUCGAAGAGAGGAAGAGGAAAGAAAGGCCAGGGAAUAUGAGGCCGAGAAGCUGCGCAAGACCGGCGGGCUUCGCGCUCCUCGAAGACGUUUGGUCACUUCAUUGCCGGCAGAAUGGUCUCAGAAGGUGUCGGCUUUGUUGCAGGCCAGCUCCUCCAAGACACUCGCCAUCACGGCCGAGAGCAUUGAGCUCAAGAAACAUGACUUCGCCAAGGUGAUUCCACAGACAGAAUGGCUCAACGACGAGAUUGUCAACGGCUCGCUGCAGUGGGUCGAUCGCUAUGUCAACGCAGCCGCAGGCGCUACAGACGUAAAAUCACCAAACCGGAUUUGCCUGGCGAUGGGUUCGUUCUUUUACAAAAGAUUGGAGGACAACGGCGUGCAAAACACUGAACGAGCACUUCGCCGAUAUGGAGUUACAAAGGCAAACUUUCUGAAGCUUGAGACGAUUCUCAUGCCCAUCUGCAAGAACAACCACUGGACCUUACUCGUUGUUCGGCCCCAGAAGCGAACAGUAUCGCACAUGGACUCCUUCAACCCGAAAGGCUCGGUCGCCCAUACCAACAGAGCCUUGUCUUGGGUCGAAGCCUUCUUGGGAAGCGACUACAAACCAAGCGAGUGGAGGUCGGUCUGUCACGAAGCUCCGCAGCAGACGAAUGGCUACGACUGCGGUGUCUUCACCAUCACGAACGGAAUGUGUCUGGCUCUCGGCCUCAAUGCCAUUGACGCUUAUUCUGGCGACGAUCUGCCACUGCAGCGUCUCCGACUCGCCGGGAUGCUGCUGAACAGGGGCUUCAGCGGCGAGUUCGAUCUUGCUGGCCUCUGAGCCACCAACAAAAUGUCUUGUUCUUACCUCCUCGUGCGGAAAAACAGACCGAAGAAGCCGAGGUAUCAUAGCCGGACUUUCCCCCUUCAUGAUGGAAGAGUCAUCUUUCGUAUGUAGUUGGACAUGCCCGAAUCGAACAAUCACGGAAGAGGGUGGGAACGAAAGCGUCCGUCCCAAUUGCGUAUCAUUAUCAUUAUCACCGCAUUUUUCCUCGAGGAGGAAAAGGAGCAUGGACAACUUGGCGUUGACCAAAAGUGUUUGGGAGUUCUGGAAUACCACGUAGUUUCUUGCUAAGAGGCUUGUACGAGUCUUUGUCUCUUCUUCUUUUUUUUUUAGAUCUUGUUCUACUAUGGAUUCUCGGUGGCCAUUUAGGAAACAUGAUAUGGCGAGAACAAGCGGCUUCUCUUGCUAAGAGGUAGCAAGACGUACCGCACGAUGAGAAAAGCAGAAAGGUCUGGUUCGUACUAUUCCUAAGUCCCACACAUGCACUUGUCGGGUGAUGAAGACAUCCAGUUCGUGAGGUAUUAGGCUUCACCAAUCGAGCCUUGACGACCCAAGUCCACUGGACCAGGGCAGCCCGGCGGGGUUCGCGUUGGACGAAUUCCCUGCCCCCUUUCUCUUCUUGAAAUUUUCGUCCAGAGCCCAAGGAUGGAUAUAGGCAACUGUGCGUUGUCCAGUUUAAACAAAGUGGUGAUUUGACUCACUCAUCGCAACCGCACACGUAUUCGCUGCCUGCCUGCAUGGACAAGGCGUAGCCCGAGUCACCCCUUCUGGCCUCGUGUCUAGCCAGGGUUUCGGUGCCAGCCGGACAGGAAGCUUGGGGGGGGGGGCGUAUCUGGGUGAUCCGUUCGUACCUUGGGUAUACGGACCUACCUGGGCCGAUAUCGUCGUGUUCGCCCGCUAAGAGGACAUGCUUUUCAUUGGCCGGAAGACCUUCCGCCCUGGUCAUUGUGGCAGGCAAGAAAAAGGCUCGGUUUCAGGUGCGGGACGCCGAGCAUCGAGACAAGCGCGCAACGCCCCUCUCCCGGCCCGGAUGAUGGGGCUUGAGUUGAGGGUCUCUGUGUCUUGUUGGCGAUAGCAUUCCAACCCCACGCGCGCCGACCGCGGCUUCACGAGUUACAGACGCAUUCGGGACAACUCUCUCUGCCUGCCUGCCUGCCUGCCUGUCUCUGUAUCUCUUCAUCACUUGCUGUUACGAGAUACUGACAUAAACACCCGCCGAGCCCCAUCACCCCAAGGCCACGGCCAAAGAGGCUAGAUAGAGAUGGUGGGGGGAUGGGGGGGUUGCUGACUUGGUCCCAAGAGGCCAUAAACGCAGGCUGGCGCUAGAAAAGUUCACCGUUCCAUGCUGUCUGUCGUACCUCCCUCAUUGUCCGAGUCCAGCCCUGGAAGAGGCGAAACAAAGCUGGCUGAUACUCCACUAUUUUCUUCUAGUCCCCCCUUUCUUUUCUUUCUGUGUGUUGUUGAUGCUGUGAGGCAGCCAUCAAUACUUUGGGCCCCUCAACGAUCGACCCAAGGGUUCAGGCUAUCCCGUUGGUCUGAUACAAGUGAGAUGGAUGCCAAGUGACGGGCGGGAGGUGGGAAGGGGGAGGAGGAGCUUUCAAGGGUCCGGCGAUUCAGGCAGAUGCAUGCAUUGCCGAGGGAUUGGCGCUUCCGAGGUGGCAAGUCGCAGGUUUUUUUUUUUACUCCUCUUCUCUCGCUCUCUCCCUCUCUC